UGGCUUUGCUGGGCUGCCGUGUUCUCAGUGGUUCACCUGCUCAGGUCGCUGGCAGCCAGUGAUGGCCGAAUCCGUGGGUCAGGGUUCGACAGCCCCGCCCACGCCUGACUAAGCGACCAUCACCGAAAAUUCGACCAUACAGUCAUAACAAGCAUAUCGUGAAAUUGCAGACAGCGCAUAUAGACGGAUCGAAACAGGCAAACAUGGCGCAAUCAGAUCAGAAUGGACCACAGGCGGUGUCCGCCGAACUGCCGCCAGCGAUGGCAGAGGUCAAGUCGCAGAGUGUGGACGACUUGAUGAAAGAGAUGAACCGCAUGCCAAUUUUCAUGACAAGUUUAGAUGAAACAGACGGCGAGGGAGGUGAGAACAUGGCGCUGGAGGCGUUGAAAGCCAUGGCGUACGAAGGAACCCGUGCCGAAAUUGCUGAAAACUUCCGACAACAAGGCAAUGAAUGCGCACGGGCAAAGCAGUGGACAGACGCGAAAGAGUUCUACGACAAGGCGAUAGCAGCGCUCAAAGGCCCACAAACCAACCCGGACCCCGAUGCAGAAGGACCAGAUGUCAUCCCUGUCGAGCUCGAUGAAAAGGAGGAAGCAGAGAAGGAAAGAGUGAUUGGCGAGGCCGUCUAUGUCAACCGCGCAUUAUGCAAUCUCGAGAAGAAGAACUACCGCUCUUGCAUUCAGGACUGCAUAGCGACACUCAAGAUCAAUCCCGCCAACAUCAAGGCUUUCUACAGAUCAGGCACUGCUGGUCUUGCACUAGACAAGUUGAAGGAAGCAGCCUGGGCCUGCGACCGAGGAUUAGCUCUAGAUGCUUCCAACGCCCCUCUCAAGGCCCUCAAAACCAAGAUUGAUGCUCGAAAGCAGUACAUAGAUUCCGUCGAAAAGGCACGCCGCGAACGAGAGGAGAAGGCUGCAUCAGAGCGAGCAACAAUGAAACUUGCAUUGCGAAGCCGGAAUAUCUUGACGCGGAGCACGGAGAAGCCCCCAGAUCUGGAAGACGCCACGGUCAAGCUGGAAAACAGCUUGGACCCCUCUUCAACACUCACAGUACCGGUUAUUCUGCUUUACCCAAUGCACUCGCAAUCGGAUUUUAUCAAGGCGUUCUCUGAGAAGGAGAAGCUAGAUGAACAUCUCGACUAUAUCUUCCCACUCCCAUGGGAUGAGCAACACGAGUACACAAUCGACAAUGUCGAAUCAUACAUGGAGACCGCAGCGGGUGGUUUGAUCAAAGUUGGAAAAAAGAUGAGCCUAGGCAAGGUACUGGGAAGCGGGAAGCCGGAGAUCGUCGACGGAUUGGUGACGAUAAGCGUGGUGCCGAAAGACAAGGCUGCUGGUUGGAUAGAAGAGUUCAAGAAGCGAAAAGGGAAAACGGCAUAAGUUGGCCAAGGGCCAUGGCACAACAGCGCGUCUGACCCGACUGCUCCUCGGGCCGAACGAUGACGAUGUCUAGAUGAAUCGAUGAAUGAAUGAACAAAAACACGCAAGCUACAGGCGCAACGCGUCCACAGCGCGCCUCACCCAUCGCUCAUUAGCAAGUUCGCAAAAUCUCCGUAUAUGAUCGCUGACGUAUUCGC